AGUGAAUGUUGCACGCUGGUAAGUGAGCUGCAGCGGCUGCAACACCGUGGCUGUCAGCCCCUGACUCUGAGGCGGAAGAGGAGCAGCAGCGGUUCGGGGUUGGCUGGCGCGAGCGCAGGUUUGGUGGAGUGGCAGUUGCUCGGUGUCUGGCCGCCGGGCGGGACGGCGUCGGUCUGCGCAGGCGGCGGCAGUACCGGCAGCAGUGUUGCGGUGGUGGCGAGGGGGUCGGCAGCGGCUGCGCAGCGAGCAGAAAGCACCGGCGGCGAGGGUAGCGGCGGCGAGGCUUGGGGCUUGGACGAUGAAGACCUACAGGCGGAGGUGGAGCAACACCUGCGUGACCUGGAGGCAUGCCUGUCCCCACCCUCCACCUCAUCACCUCCUGCUGCCACCGAGCAGCCUCGGGACAAGCCACUGCCACCGCCUACCUUGACGCCUCCUGCGGAAAGGGCUUCUUACGAGCCCCUGCAGCAACCCCAUUCGCGUCCUGCUGCCCCCA